AAGGCGCACACAUUUGCGACAGAGCAGCUGGGUAUAAAUACAGCUGAUUUCAAGCAAUGAUCUGAGUAUUGCAGAACAGAGUGUUACGAACACUAUUGCAGAGGUGAAUUCUGAUGCACUUGGGCUUUGCCAGCAUGUGGAUUUCUGCAACAUUCAUUCUUUUUGCACUGGUUCUAAAUGGAGUCGUGGAAUCCAGAUCAGAACCUAUUGGUCGAAGAUGCCCCACUGGCUGGGAAAAAUUUGGAACACAAUGUUUUAAAUUUUUCAGCGAGUCCAAGCCAUGGGCUGAUGCAGAGAAACACUGUGUUGAUCUCGGAGGAAACCUUGCAUCUGUUCACAGUGACCUCACUCACACUUUUCUGAAAAACUUUGUGAAAAAACAAUCCAGUCGCCCCACCCGAUCCUGGAUUGGUGCUCAUGAUGCAACUAAGCCAUUUGUCUGGUUUUGGAGUGACGGAUCAAAGUUUGAGUACAGUGACUGGCACAGUGGUGAGCCAAAUAAUGGUGCAAAAGCUGAAAGAUGCGUGGAGAUGGGCUAUGGAGAUGAGAAUCGCUGGAAUGAUGCACGCUGUGAAAACCGUCUCCCUUUCGUCUGUUACAAAAGGGCUAGGAUUGACUUUUAAUCCUAAUUUUGAUUGAUAAACUAAUUUCUCAUGUCUGUCCAUAAAUUGCUGAUUGUAACAGACAUACUUUUCCCUUUGAAUUUUAAUAUCCAUUUGUGCAAAAAUAAAAUUUAAGCAACAAAUGUA